AUGACACGGAAGAACGCCUCCCUCUCCAGACGCCGUUCCAAACCUAGCCUCAAAGUUGCUACCGGCCUGAACGGCCAUGCGAACGGCACGAUGAAUAACAUCGAAAUGCGCAAACGCGAUACCACUCCCUCAGUUGACUCUCCUGCCGAACGAGCAGCCCGCCUCAUGUCUCGACCUAGUUUCUCCCUAGACGACGAACCUGUCGUCAUUCCUCAAACCCCUAUCCAAACCACCACAAGCUUCCACAACCUGCCCACGAGUGAUCGCCGGAACUUCUUGUUGCUAUGCGUUCUGUAUUUCUUACAGGGCGUGCCCAUGGGUCUUGCUACAGGCUCUGUACCUUUCCUGCUUAAGCCGUAUCUAUCAUAUGGUCAGAUCGGCAUCUUCUCCCUCGCCUCCUACCCAUACUCUUUGAAGCUUUUCUGGAGUCCCAUUGUUGAUGCCGUGUGGAGCACACGAUUUGGUCGCCGCAAGAGUUGGAUUACUCCCGUCCAAGUCAUUGCGGGACUUGCCAUGAUAUACCUGGGUCGUCAUAUUGGCGAAAUGAUGGAGCAGGCUGGAGCGAAUGGCGGUGCGGGAGUCUGGAACUUCACCUACUGGUGGUUUAUGUUAGUGCUUUUCUGUGCUACACAGGAUAUCGCUGUUGAUGGGUGGGCUAUCACUCUCAUGUCGCCUCCCAAUAUCUCCUACGCCUCUACUGCCCAGACUGUUGGCUUGACAGCAGGUCACUUCUUGUCAUACACCGUGUUCUUAGCUUUCAACUCCAAGGACUUUGCCAAUCGGUGGUUCCGUACCAUUCCUGGCGAGGGUGGUCUGCUUUCGCUCGGAUCAUACCUGACUUUCUGGGGUUGGGCCUACCUCAUCGUCACUCUGGGCUUGGCCUUGUUGAAAAAAGAAGACCGUACCAGGGAGCGCGAUAGCAUCAUGGAUGUGUACAAGAGCAUGUGGAGUGUCUUGAAGUUGAAGAACAUUCAGACCAUCAUCAUCAUUCAUUUGAUUGCCAAAAUUGGCUUCCAGGCCAACGACGGCGUUACCAGCUUGAAACUUUUGGACAAGGGCUUUGGCCAGGAAAAUAUGGCCUUAGUCGUAUUGAUUGAUUUCCCCUUCGAAAUUAUGCUUGGCUACUAUGCCGGUAAAUGGUCAACAGACCAUGGACCGAUGCGACUUUGGGGCUGGGCAUUCGUCGGACGUCUGGCCGCCGCUGUCCUUGCCCAAUUCACGGUCAUGAUCUAUCCCAGCGGAUCAGAUGUGCCGUUCUGGUACAUGCUGGUUGUCAUCUUCGAGCACGUGGUAUCCACUUUCAUGAAUACGGUCAUGUUCGUUGCCAUUUCAGCAUUCCACGCGCGUAUUGCUGACCCAAGCAUUGGUGGCACCUACAUGACCCUCCUCGCAACUGUCUGCAAUUUGGGCGGAACCUUCCCUCGCAUCUUCGUCCUAAAAUUAGUCGAUCUUUUCACAAAGGCAACUUGCCUCCCACCCACCACACCACCACCAAUUGACCAGCUGAAAGAUGCUCUCGUCACCUCUGCAUUCUCCUGCGCCCUCGAGCCAGAGAAAAACCGUUGCAUCAACGGCGGCGGCACUUGUAUUGUCGACCGUGAUGGCUACUACAUUACCAACAUGAUCUGUGUACUGAUUGGCACUGUCACGUUUGUGUGGUUUAUUAAACCCGCAGCUGCUAAGCUCCAAAGCUUGCCACUCAGAGCCUGGCGUUUGGUGCCAGGUCCCCAACGCGAAUAA